AUGGUCAAGGAUAGAACCCUAGGCAACCACAACAGUAUUCGGGUGACUGGGGACAUAGAAACUCGGGGAACUGGCUGUGUGCGUAUCAUUUCCUUCGUGAAAGACAAUGUGGGUGGCUUCAGGCAACCCUUGAUUCUUUUAUCCUAUAGAGUAGGCCACAAACUCCAAGCAUUAGAAGCACAGUUUAAAGAACUGGACUUCACCAAGGAUAAUCUGACACAGAAAUUUGAACAUCAUAGCAAGACUCUGGCAAACCAAGCUGCCCAAGAUGAGCUGUGGACAGCAGUUCUGUCAUUCAAGUUCACUCCAAUGGAAUUGAAUAUUUUAUACAGCUACGUCAUUGAAGUACUCAUCCGCUUGCACACUCGUGUGCUUGAGAAGCUGCCAGAUCUGGUGAGAGGUCUUCCCACCUUAGCCUCCAUCCUUAGACGAAAAGUCAAGAACAAGCGCAUUAGAGUUGUAUGGGAGUCUGUUCUGGAGGAGCAUGGGAUGCAAGAAGAAGAUAUCACAGCACUGUGCACCUUCUUUGUAGCACAUGGUAACAAGGCAGAACACUACAUUGCUAAAGUAAGGCAAAUGUAUAUAAAAGAUGUCAAUUUCAUGAUCACUAAUAUGGUAAAGAACCAGGCUCUGCAGAAUGGUUUGCUAAAGGCUGUUCAGGUCAUUGAGAAGGGAAAAGCAGUGAGGGCCCCUGAAGAGCAAAAGUCAUCCCUAGAAGAGUUGAUACCAUCAGCCAAAAGCUAACCUGUUACCCUAGACCCAGAGAUUACGCUUCUAGUAAUUUAUCUUGCAAAUGGGAAAAAAUACAUACAUGCAACUUAUUACAGGGUUAUUUUUAUAGCAAAAGUGAGGAGAGUGUUAAAUUAUGAUAUACUGAUACAGUGGAUACUUUCUGUGUAGCAAUACAAGAGAAUGAAGAAGCUCUUCAUGUAAUCGUAUAGUAAUAUGCAGUUAUCACCAAGAUGUGUUGUUUUAAAAUAUUCAUUUCCAGGGCUUCCCUGGUGGCGCAGUGGUUGAGAGUCCACCUGCCGAUGCAGGGGACACGGGUUCGUGCCCCAGUCCAGGAAGAUCCCACAUGCCGCGGAGCGGCUGGGCCCGUGAGCCACGGCCGCUGAGCCUGCGCGUCCUGAGCCUGUGCUCCGCAACGGGAGAGGCCACAACAGUGA